UGGGACAAGAUCGUGGCUGGGGCAGGUUCUCCCCCAGGAGGAGUUUCCUCCAAAGUGGACGGCUCCACCGCCAGCCCCGGAGUGGACGCCUUUCGGUGCUCCACGAGCCUGUCCAGGCAGUCUCGUGGGUGGCAACUGGCCCUAAAGCUCAGGCUGCCCGGGAGGUGACAGGUCGUGCGGCUACAGGAGAAAUUGCUCCUCCUCCAGCCCCGGAGCUGGUUACAGAGCACUCCGGGCUGUGAGAAGGGGGUGGCUCUCCCGGGACAGGUACUUUCCGACUCUAGGAAACUCGCUCAGCUCUUGGCGUCCCGGGACCCCUUCAACACCUGAGUCCCCAGGGAGCCGCCCUGGGAGGGGCGGGGCGCCCUCUGUCCCUCACGUUGGCUUUCAGCCUCUCGAGUUACAGCUUCGGGUUCUCCCGUGUGUGUCUUUCCUUGCUCCGGGAAAAAGCGGCAGGGUAGCAGUGGCCGGGUCAGGAGAGGACCGCCGCCGAGCUCAGGACACCAGCUGGGAAGGCGCCCCGCCCGCCGCUCAGCUUCCACCCCUCCCGGCGGCAGCGCUGGGAAAGCCCCCGCGGCUCCGCCCACCCCAGGGGCUUUUCUCCAGUCGCCAGUGACUUUGCUUCGGGAGCGCAGCCGCCUGGCGCCGCUUUCCUCCAGGCUGGAGCGCGCAGGGGCCCCUGGCUCUUCUGCGAACGCAAGGGGCAAAAAUCGGUGACCUCGGGGCGCUCCCCGAGUCGGGGUCCCUUAACCCGCACCUCAGCCCCCGGCCCGCGCCUAAGCCUCCAGCAUGGUGCUGCUGGCUGGGCCCGGGCCGGAGGGCGGCGGGACACACUGCUUGUCGUCCCCGCAGUCGCCGACGCCACCCCGGGGAGCACAGACAGGGGACGACCCAGGGGACUACGAAGAGUACGAAGACUUCUCGAGUCUGCCGGACACCCGCAGCAUAGCAUCGGACGAUUCCUUCUAUCCUCCCGGAGGCGAGGAGGAGUGCGGCUCGGGGAGCGCCGAGUGCGUCCCGGAGGGCGUCCCCGAGGCGGCGACCCUCCUGCGCGCCGCCUGCACCAACGACGUGGGGCUGCUGCGGGCGCUAGUGCUGCGCGGGCCGAGUUCCGAGGAGGUACGAGAGACUGACCGCAACGGCCGGACUGGCCUUAUUGUUGCGUGCUACCACGGCUUCGUGGACACUGUGGUGGCCCUAGCGGAGUGCCCCCACGUCGACGUCAACUGGCAGGACAGCGAAGGGAACACAGCCCUCAUCACGGCUGCACAGGCAGGGCAUGCCACCAUCACCAACUACUUGCUGAAUUAUUACCCUGGUCUGGACCUAGAGAGGCGGAACAUAUUCGGCUUCACAGCCCUCAUGAAAGCGGCCAUGCAGGGCCGAACGGAAUGUGUGCGAGCCCUGAUGUUGGCAGGGGCGGAUGUUCAAGCGAGGGAUCCCCGCCGUGGGAUGUCACCACAGGAGUGGGCUGCAUACACUGGCCGAGUGGAGGCUGUUCGUGUCAUGCAGAGGCUGAUGGAGCGACCCUGCCCAGAGCAGUUUGGGGACAAGUACAAGCCAGAAUUGCCGCUUCCCGCUGAGGCGCUCUUGAAACCAGCACGUUCCAAAAACUGCUUUCAGAGAUUCACAGAGUUCUUGCGGUCCACUCUGACCUCCCGCUCAGGCCAGGGUCUGGCGGAUGGAGGUGUCCUUGAUCACAUGGUCAGGAUGACCACAAGCCUUUAUAGCCCCGCCAUUGCUGUCGUCUGCCAGACUGUGUGCCCGGAGAACCCUCCCUGUGUGGGGAAACGGCGCCUGGCAGUGCAGGAAAUCCUAGCAGCUAGGGGGAACCCGGACACCUAUGCUCAGGAUGGCUCUGAACUGCAAUCCCAGACUUUAGAGACUCCCAGAGUGAAUCCCUGGUCAUCCCAGUCCUCCGGGGCCCCAGGACCCACCCCUGCCCCUGUCUCACGGAAGGCCAGCCUCCUGCCCUUACAGUUGCUGCGGAGGAGCAGCGUGCGGCCAGGAGUGGUGGUUCCCAGGGUGCGCAUCAGCAAGGCCCCUGCACCCACCUUCCAGCCCGAGCGCCCAGCCCCAAAAGGCAACACCAAGGACAGUGUACACCUGCAGAUCCCUAAGUGGCGGUACAAGGAGGCCAAGGAGGAGAAGAGGAAGGCAGAGGAGGCGGAGAAGAAACGCCAGGCAGAGGCUCAGAAGGAAAAGCGGGCACCACGUUGGAGGAAAAGGACGUGAAGGGGCCAUGAUACCCUCUGCGCGUGUGCCUGGUGUGGGAGCAGCGCAGGGAUCCAGCUGGGAGGCUGCGGGUGGUGUAGACGGCACCACAGGGAGGGGUGCCCCUCUCUGCUGCAGUACACAACCUCUGGGUCGUUCUUUCCUAGACCCACGGAGCAGGUUCCCCAUUGUUCCCAAGACAGGAUGGCUUCUGCUUAAAACUAGUUCUCUGAGCAGUCUAUACACCCAAAGGACAGUUUACCAGAAGUCACCUCUUAGAGGACCCCAAUUAAGAAUUAAAAAACCUAAGUUAUCAAAGGGCAUUUUCACAUACUUUUGUAUUUUGUUAUUUAUGAAAAACGGCAGCAUUUUACAAGUGAUGGGCUCUUUGUAAUUAUGGCAGUUUUAAUCCCUGUGUUUGGGGACCCUUUGUUUAAAAUGCUGCCUCUAGCAAUAAAUACUUGUAAUGAUUGUGUGAAUCACACAGAACUCUGGCAUUCUCCCCCUUCGCCCUUCGGUUCUGGCUUUUGCCUUCUCGUGUCCCGUGGACACACGUGGCUUUUCCUAUCGACUUGAGUGAUGCCAAAUGCCUGCUUCUACUUGAUGAGGGCACGGACUUCUAUUCAAAAUGACCAGGUGAGAUGGAAGUCUUCAUUUCAGGAAGUCUUCUUCCUUUCGUUUCCUUUCUUAAGCCUUUUGUUCUGACCAUCAUCAUCAUCGUCGUCAUCAUCAUCAUCAUCACUUAUAUCAUUGAAAGUGACCAUGGCCCAUUGCAGAAGUGCAUGUGUUUCUGGGACCAAACUCAUUUGAAGCAAGAAGCAUGACUAGACAGACCAUCCAUCUUCCAGGUGAUUUGAGGAGAACAGUUACUUAGCAGGGGGCAGAUUUAACAAACGAGCAGUAGAAACACAAUCAUAUAUGCCCAGAAAGAAGCAAAUGUGGGUAUCCUUAACUAUGUCCAAGAUGCAGAGGGCGGGGGUGCUGCAAACUGUUGAGGGGCAGACAGAUGACUUUUAGGGCAGGUGGAACACCCUGGAUACUAGACAGCAGUUGGGGAAGGUUUUCCUGUAGUGGUCUACUCUCUGAUUGGCCCUCUCCUCCAGGGAGUGAGUCCCUUGUGUGUUUUGAGUGACAGUUUCCCCUUGAUGAGCCCCAAUGUUCAGUUCAUCCCCACCCCAACUUUGUAGACCUUCCAAUAUGUGGGGACUCAGGCCGGGAUGGGAUUUGCCUUGGGUGCCAACCUCUCAGUGGAAGGUUUCUUUCUAUACCUUUCUUUCUUUUAGCUCCAAAGCAUUAAAAAAUUCCCAGCAGAGUCUUCUAUCAGUCACACGUGCACUUUAUUUGGAUAUUUAAUGUAGCUACUUGGUAGCUAUAGAUUCAGAAUACUACAGACUGAUUUGGAAGCCCUUUGCUGAGGUCCUUCUUACACUGCAGGGAGGGGGAGGGUGGUACUGACUUAAUCUUGGUGCCGUUAGGCAUUGAGCAACGAGAGCUCUCCCACUAGCUUUCCCCGAAACACCAUAAACUAGGACAGUCUGACCUAAAAAGGCAGGGAAACAAAGGCUCUUGAGAAAGCCCUUGCUUUUCCCACUGAACUAUGAGGCUGAGACCUCUAGAUCCCCAGGAGAGGACAGAGGGCAGGGAUGUGGCUUCAGGACAUCAGCAGAGACCUCCAGAUCCCCAGGAGAGGACAGAGGGCAGGGCUGUGGCUUCAGGACAUCAGCAGAGACCUCCAGAUCCCCAGGAGAGGACAGAGGGCAGGGCUGUGGCUUCAGGACAUCAGCAGAGACCUCUAGAUCCCCAGGAGAGGACAGAGGGCAGGGAUGUGACAACAGGACAUUGGCUCUGCCUUCUGCUUUUGGAAAGGAGACCUGCUCUGUUUUUCUGAUUUGGCAGAGUCGAGACACAGGCCUGGGGGCCUGCUUGGCCUUGUGUGUAUUAAUUGUAAAUAGUGAAUUCCAAGUGGACAGGUGUCUUCUCAGGGAUUUAUACAUAAAUAUAGUUAGGUGAGAAGUUGAAGUGUAGUUUAAAUCUUUUUGAUGGUGAAGUCAAUUAGGGUUAAACCGGAUGAAAGAAAUAUUUCCAAGAUAGUGUGAAAGCUGUUGUUUCUAAGGGAGAUCUUGGGACUUGCCUCCGUGGAGAUUUAUGGGGACCUCGGCGGUAGGAAUGGCUGUGCGUAUGACACCACAGUUGUGUCUCUCAGCUGCUGCUUCUAGCUGUGACCCUUGUGUUAACAGUUGCCUCCAGGUAGGCAGAGGUGACUGAUGCCCAGAUGGACAAUCCAUACCCACCCCCCAGAGCUGUUCUCUGAGCCCCUGGUCUAUUCCCCUUGCUUUUAGGAUAAGAUGGCCACAGUCAUUGAACGGGAGCUCACAGGGUGCCUCAGGAAGGAAGGAUGAGGGACACUGUACCCUUGGUCCAUCAAUGACCCCCAUGGGCAGUGUGCUUGCUGUGCUGGAGUAGGACAGUAGGUGGCAGGAGAGACUUUGCACCUCCUUCAGCUCCUUCCAGGCUCCUGGGCCUCUCCUGAUACCCCAGGGAAAAGUCAGAAUGGCAAGGUGUUUUCCAUCUCAGCUUUGGAUUUCCAGACUCAUCUCACACACUGGGAAAGGGAGGAUUCAUGAUGUGGGCUAGAAACUGGGUUUUAUAGACUCAGAGAGGGUGUGGCAAGAGGCCUGUGGCCAUUCCGGCCUAGCUAGCAGCUGGAACCAGGUCUCUGGAGUGACAGGGAGGCUGUUAUAAACAAGAUAGAGGCUUGUGGGGAGGGGGCUGGCUCUAGUCCCCAGGAGUCUGGAAGCAUCUACAGUUACUCCCCAGAGUGACAGUGUCUUACCAUAAAUUCCCUCCUCUCAUACGGUGAGGGAGCUUUUCUAGCGACUGGGAAAUUCCAGCAGGUUCCCCGUGAGUUCUCCAGUGCUGGUCACUGUCUGGGCUCUGAUCUGUGCUGCUAGCCCUUGGCCCCUUCAAGCCGGGCAACAAUGUAGAGGACCACGGCUUCUAGAGCGUGAAGGCGGGAACGCUGAGCAUGAUGAAUCCUUAAAGAAACAACAAAGUCACACAACAGAAGAAUGACUGGGGCUGUCAGAGCGAGGGUAGAGUUUGCCACAAAGAAUGAAAAGGCACUUCUUAGUCACCCUGGCCAACUCUGCACAUCUGUGUAACCCGAGUCCGCUAUUCAUUUAUUUGCUAUUUAAUUCACAUGUUAACUUUUUAUUUUUUUGAGCUGAGAACUAAACCCAGGGCCUGUGCUUGCUAGGCAAGUGAGCUAAAUCCUCAGCCCCCAACUUCACAUGUCUAUUCCUUAACAUUUUCGAUACGUGACUGAAAAUUUCUCUAGAGGCUUUAUUUUAUUGAUUGUUAUUAUUUAAAGACUUAGCAGUGCUAUCGGGAAUGCUGCCUGCUUUGGUCUGGCUGGAUCGGUUUGGCUGGUUUUCAGGUGUUGCUGCUGGAGGCCAGGUGCUACACAUACAAUUUUCACGCCCUGCCCCAACCUGAAGUAAGACUGUAAUGAAAGGUGAACCCCUGUUGUGCGCUGGCUGCCCUCAGCAGCAGGUCAUAUUAAUGGGGUCCCGUGCAUGUUAUCCACUUAAAAAUGCAAGCUGGAGGCCGGAACUCUGCAUGUAACUGUCCUAGCUGCAGGCUCGCGGUGGCACUCAGGGAGUUUCUGCGGCCUGUAUGAGGUGUGUACUCAGGUGGAUUGCAAGGCCUGCGGGUCUCCCCAGAGUCCCCAAACAGUGUGAAGCCUGGCUUGGCUGGAGUUUCCACACCCCAGGCUGUCCUACUAGGAAAUGGUGCUGUCCCAGGUGGCUAAGAGCAAAUAACCCAGUUGCGUAUGGGUCAACUCUGGCUUUGGUGACUGUCAAUUGUGUGAGGGGCCCAGACCCAAGAGCACCCCCCUGGAGAGCUCCCACGGCCUCCCAGAGCUGCUGUCCUGUUUGGGGGUGGGCGUAUACUCUGUGGGACGUGACACAGUUGGGAUUUUCCAGUCUGCCUUGGUAUUAGAUCAGCUGGCUAGUUCUGGUUUUGAAAACAUUAUCUUGGCUGUCACAUGACUUGCAUUGUCUAGAAAGAAAGCCUAGAUGACAGAGACGUGAAGCUGUCCAUCCCAGGCAGAGCAGCAGGCUGGGCUGACCUGACCCUGAAUGGAUUUGAGAAGUAGCAAAUCAGGCGCCUAACACACAGCAGUUAGAAAGUUCUAGAAACUUGCUCACAACGGUGUGAGUGCCCACAAUGGGGAGGGUGAGUGGACACCACAUGUCCACAAGUGGCACCGUCAACCUCUCCACCACCGACCUGGAGCCUGCUGUGGGGUUAGAACCCAGGGCUCCAUUCGCGUGAUGGCGAAGCCUACUAGGACUGGAGCUUUCUUGGUCCAAAUGAUAAUUCUAAAAACAACAAGAAGAGAGUUGGGCCUAGAAUUUGCUGGGGUGUGAGAGUCUCUGCUUUCAGUGGUGGGAGACUGACGGUGAGGGACUGGAUGGAGCCGACUUCUGCACCACCAGGGUUCAGGGUCUGCCUUCUGGUUCGAGCUCUGUUUACUGAAUGUGAAGCCAUUUCCUUUGUCAUUCCUAACCCUCCCCCCCUCCCCCGCCCCGUGAGUUUUUGGAUUCUGUACAGAUGUUGAAUGUGGAUAUCAUUGUAAAUUCCAGAGUGGUUUAUUUUGAGAUGAGAAUUUUGCUACAGUUUAUAACAGGAUAUUUUCCUAUUUAGACCUCAGGGACCUUGGGACCCACUAAUAAGUGUGACCCCCCACACCCCCAGCAGCUUCAAUUCCGGAUAGACAAGUUAUGUAAUCUCGAAGUUUAAUGUGAUAUAUAUAUCUGAAUAGUAGGAAGAAUGUGUUUCUCUCUUUCAACUUCUGAUAAAUUCUGUUGUAAAAGUGUAGAAAAAAGAGACACUAGAAAAAAAAAACAAUGGUAAAAAGAAUUAAAAAUCACCUGUAAAAUAAGCAUUAUGGUAUAAAAUUGUGAUAUUUGAAUAAAUUAUUUUAAAAUACUAUCAAA